AAUCUUCACAUGUUGACAGAUCUGUGUCUGCUGAUGAUAGUGAACUCAAUGUUGAAUCAUUGAUCAAGAACUUGAAGAAUGUGAUAAUAAAGAAAUUAUCUGUAUCAUGUGUGACCAGGUCUCCUGCAUCCUCUUCUGCCCCCUCUGUUCCUUUCUUCACCACUCUCCCUCAAUCUUCUACACCUGUCUCUGUGUCUGGUUCUCCCGCUCCCGCUACCUCUGUUCCCACAAUCCCCACUUCUGCUACUUCUGGUUUUACUGUCUCUGCUUUUGUUACCAGCUCUUCUCAUUUCAAGAAGAUGUUGCAUAGGCUUAAUGAACCACAUCUUUCAAGAAUCACUUCUCUUCUCAACAGUGUUGAGAUCAUAAUUGCUCCAGUGUCAGAGGCCAUUCUGAUCAAAGAUGACAACACUGCUGAGACUACUCCCUCUCAUCUUCAAGCUCCUCUCAUCACUUUCUCUCCCUUCUCUGUGGAAAAGGUUGUGCGCACACUGAGUCAUAAGCAUUCAGCUCUGGGUGGCUCCCGCUGUUGUUCAUUCAGUCCUGCAUCUCCUCCUCCUUCUGUUUCUUCUACCUUCACUCCCUCUGCCCUGGCUCCUGGUCCUGCAGGUCCUGCGCUCUUCUUCAAUUUCUCUACACAUACACAU